AUGACGUGCCACACGUUAGUUAGCGAAAGCCUGCUCAGCCGCUUGGCUGGCCGCCUGACCCACGCCGGACAAAUGAGCGACGUCAGCGCGAGCUUCGGCAUCGGUUGCCCGUGGUGGCAUCACUGCCAAACUUCGCGGCUGCGCUUCGACAACUUCGGCGCGAGCGAUCGUUCAAAGCGAGUUCAAAGCUGCCGCGUGUCGAUGCAUUUGUUUGAGUACCGAGUGACAAGCGGCAAACAGCAGUCAGAAUAUUACGUAAAAGGCGAGCGACCCCAACGACUCACGGCGCCUUCAUUGCUAGACAGAUCCGUCGAAGCCGAGGUGUCGGGAAACGGUCACAAUGCAGAGCAGAGUCGCCGCCUUCAUCCUCAACAAAUAGCCAGUAUUGCAAUGUAG